AUAAUACCAAACAUACCAACAUAUACAAACACGGUACCACUUUCUUCAUUCUCUUUUCACGUAAUACCUAUCUUUUUCUCGCUCGCUGAUCCAGUUUGAACAGAUUUCAAUAUUCUUUUAUUAAUAAUCUGCCUUUUGCUCGGUUUCGGCUUUUAUUCAGUGAGUCAGUGUGGCCUAAGACGUGUAAAUGCAUAACUUUUGAUUUAGGUUUUUGUGAAACGAAUUAUCAAAUAUGAUAAGAAGUAUAUUUUUAAUAGUGUUUAUUACAGGUGUAUUCGGUCAAUUCAAAUGUCCGCAAGGGACAGGAUAUUUUCCAGACCCAAUACAAUGCGAUUUGUACUAUGAAUGUUCCAGGGGACAAGCUGAAGAGAAAUUGUGUCCUGAUGGUUUAGUUUUUGAUGAUUCUGAUCCAAAUCACGAAAGAUGUGAUAUUCCUGCAAAUGUUGAAUGUGAUGAUAGGACAGAGCUACAGGAACCAAAACCUAGUAAGGGUUGUCCAAGAGCCAACGGUUUUUAUAGACAUGACGAUCCACAAGUUUGCGAUAAAUUCUUCAAUUGUGUGGAUGGUACCCCAAUAGAACUACCAUGUCCACCAGGUCUUAUCUAUGAUGAUGUUGCGAGUACAUGUGCUUGGCCUGAUGCCACUGACCGACAAUGUACCAACAGCAAAAGAGACUCUUUGGAUGAUGGUUUUUCUUGUCCAGAAGGUGAUGUACAGGGUCCAGGCGGUAGAAAAUUACCUCAUCCAACAUUUCCACAUCCAGAAGAUUGUGAAAAGUUCUAUAUUUGCAGAAAUGGAGUCCAACCUCAGAAAGGUUCAUGUUCAAAUGGUACCGUCUAUAAUGAAGAAUCAUUUAAAUGCGACGAUCCUGAAAAUGUUCCUGGUUGUGAGGACUAUUUUAAAGGCAAAAGGAUAUAAAUGAAACAAGGUUAACUAUGCCUUUAUUAUGGGAUGUUUCAAGACUUGAAUAUUAUAUUUAUUGUAAUUUUAAUUUACAAUGUAACAAUUUAAGAAUAACUGCAAGUCAAAAUCACUUGUUGAUAACCUUUAGAAUAUUGCUGAAUGCUGCAAAAAAAAUAAUUAUUUGUAAUAAAAUGUUUU